CCGAGCCCUGACCCUUCAAGUGAUGGCCAAUGAAGCAGCAAAGCGUCGGAGCCUAUGAAGCUCGGGUCCAAAUUCCAAGCUCCAAACUCCCCGAACAAAGCCAACCCGGAGCCAGAGUAUCCAAUAGAACCUUUCCCUUCACCAUUGACCAGUGAAGACAGAAGUUCCAAUUACUUCAACCAUGCUGCAAUUCUUUCAAACUUACAACAAUUUGAUCUUCCAGACCUCACUCUCAUCUUCCCUCACUCUCCUCCUCAUUUUCCUCAAGAUUCCCAUCUUGUUCCUUCAAGGCCUCCACACUUACAUCCACCCUGAAAAUCUUGGCCAGCAAAAUGGUGUUAAAGCUGCUAUUCGAAGACCCUCGAACUCAGAUUCACCUUCUGGCCUUGAUGGAUAUCAGAAUUUAUCCUCCAAGGCUAGUACUGACUUUAAAAGGAGAAAUAAAUCAAAAGAAAAGUUCGAAUUCGAUGAAAACAAUGCCCAGAUCUUUAGGCUUAGCCUCGAUGAAGCUCAUCUUCAAUCUCGUCUCUACUUCAACGAUUAUUGGUAUUCCUUUAUUUACUCAUCAGUUGCUCUUUCUUGUUUGUUGCUUUAUAAGUACUUGGAUGUGGUUGAACAGCGUGGAAUAUUCGUCACUGGGUCUCUAAUUCCAAUGAUUUUAGGAUUUUCCGGUUUAAGCAAAGUAUUUUUAUCGUUAAUAAGAGUAUCGUUUGAGAAGUCUGCCUCAACGAGGUCGGACAAACAAUUGAGUGCGCUAUUUGGGGUUCUGGGAUUCCUUUUUGGCCUUACGAUUUGUUCAGGCACUGUUGGUCCUUCAGUUUUUGACUUCGACUUUGGUUCAGUUGAUGGAUAUGGGAGGGCUUUUGUUGCUUUUUUAAUGGGAUGCCUUGCUGGGAUUCUUUACAUGCCCGCGGCCAAGAAUGCACGGGCAUUUUGGCUUGGAACAGAUCAGCUUAGGUCAAAUAUGAUUAUGAUUUCCUGUGGAUGGUUUUCUAGGAUCAUUCUGUAUGCCAAUUAUUUCUUGGCCUUUUUCACAGCAUUGCUUUGGAUUAAUCCACUUGCUGAUAUUCUUAUCGGCAAAACCAUCGAAAAUGGUAACAGGACACAUUCAAAUUCAAGCAGUAGUACUGGAGAGGCUGACAAGCUAGUUAGGAUUGUGGCUUUUACACGAUCAGAGUUCACGAAGUUUAGGCUUUGGUGCUUGUUGCUCUCGGGGCUCAUCCAAAUCAUGGCUUUACGGCCAAACUUGCAAAUGUAUUUGAAUGAAGCAUUGUUGUCUUGGUACCAGCGCUUGCAUGCCAGCAAGGUUCCAGAUUUGGAUUUCAGUAGAGCAAAGGUUUUUCUGCACAAUCACUACUUAUGUCUUGUAGUUUUGCAGUUUUUUGCACCACCAAUCCUGGUACUUAUCUUCCUUGGUUUAUCUCAGAUUGAUAUCCCAUUGAAGAAUUUACAAUUGCUAUGCAGUUUACUUCCUUGUACUGCUUUUGUAAAAGAAGUGACUUUGCUAAUGGGAUGGUGGGUUAUCUUUCUCUGGGCAAUUUUUACAUCAGCUAGCCUGUUCUUGUACCGUCGUGGCAUUUUGUAUAUUUCAUGAUCGACUUUUUCUUUUCUUAGUAGCCUUCAACACUACUGCUGGGACUUCAAUUUUUGUCAAAUUAUGAGUUUGUUUGUAACGUAUUCUUACUCUAGUUAAUUGACAAAAUCCAAUACAUGGAGGUACAAGAUCAAUGCUCAGAUGUCUUGUUGCUUACUUCCUCUUUGUGGUUGGUCAGUGGUCAGGAAUAUGAAGGCUAGAGCAACAGCUUUAAGACAAAUAUGUUUUUUUUAAUCCACAUUAUUGUGUUGCUCUA